GGGCAUGACUCGUGGGUCUCUGCACUUGUUGUCUCCCCAGACGGGCGAUGGGUAGCGACGGCCUCCUAUGAUUCCACGAUCAUCCUGUGGGAUGCCCGAGCUGCCUGCAUCUCGCAAGAGUGGUUCGCACACGAUGACAGGGUCAAUAGUCUCGCGUUCUCACCAGACGGUCGAUACCUCGCGUCCGCAGGUCACGAUAAGGUGGUGAUCUGGGACAUCAGCGGUAGCUCACACCAAGUUGCCACCCUCGAAGGUCACACACGUACCGUUAAAGACUGCACUUGGUCAGGAAAUGGUGCUUACAUUGCAUCCCGACAGUACGACGGCGAUAUACGACUCUGGGAUGGACGAACAUUCCAACCGCUACCCUUUCAAAGCCCCAGCAAGAAGACAUGGAUCAAGCCCCUCCCAGAGAGCACCCACGUCGCUGUUGGAUACGAGGGGUGGAUCCGCGUUUGGGACAUGGAGACAAGGCAGGAGCCUCUGCUCUGGAAGGCACACACAGAUCAGAUCCGAGAUGCAACCUUUUCCCCAGACGGUCGACUGCUGCUCUCAGCCUCGUAUGACCGUACAGUGAAGACCUGGGAUGUACGCAGUGGUGCCCUGAUCCACGUGCUUGGGGAACACAAGGGUGGGGUGCACAAGGCGGGCUUCUCCCCGUGCGGGAAGUAUAUCGCCUCUGCAUCUUGGGAUAGGACGGUGAGGGUAUGGAGGACGAGAGAUGGAUGUUGCCUUGCGACGCUCUCCGACCACGGUGACUCAGUCUUGCACGUUACAUAUAUUCCUGACGGGACAAUGUUGUGGUCUGCAGGAUGGCACGGGACUGUGUUGGGUCGCCGCGUACAGGACUUUAUGCUGGACGAAUCCAAGUUUUGA